AUGAAAAAAAAACAUUCAAACUUGGAGGAGAGGGAUGGAUCUGCAGCAAGACACUCAAGAGCAUGCAAAGCUUUUGAAAAAUCAUUCAACGCAGGAAUUAAAAAACAAAACAAAGCUGCUCCAAGCACAGCAUCGCAACAAAGAAAAGGAGGUUGCUGGGUUGUUGAGGCAUUUAUUCGAACAGGUGGUGGGCACCUCCAAGGUAGAGCUGAGGGGCAAACUCCGGCGACUUCAAAGCUUUUUCCGGCGAGGGGAGGUGCAGCUGCACCUCCUUGCGCCUCUGUGGAUCCGCCAGUGUGUAUAGGUCAUAAGUAA